CUGCAUUGGGGGAUGAUAUUUCAGGAGCUUGUCGGCCGAUUGGUCUGAGGAUACUGCAUUUCCAUAAACAGGGGCUCCAUAUCCAUUUCUGAGCCCUCAUAUAUAAACACACCCCAAGGAUGAUUUCCUUCAGCUGAGUCUGGUCGCCACUGCCGCCGCACCCGCUCCUUGACUUCCCGCCGUGUCACAGGACGUGAAGACAAGAAACCGCCAACAUGUCUGACAAAAAGAUGACUUCGAGCCGCAGGCAUCAUCUCAAGAGUUUGAUGCUGCAGAUUGCGGCGAGCUGGAUUCAACAGGAAAAGAAAGACAUCAUUGCAAUGAAGGAAGCCUACAUCGCUGAAAACUGUGCCCGGCCUAACUUGAGUGGGGAUCAAGCCACUCUCAUGGACACCUGCAAAAAGCUUCACGCACUCAUUGACAAAAUUGAUGAGGAGAGGUACGACAUGGAGUCCAAAGUGAGCAAGGCUGAUAAAGAGAUCGAUGACCUGAAAAUGAAAGUAGUCGACUUGGCUGGACUGAAGAAACCCGCUUUGAAGAAAGUGCGUAUGUCUGCCGAUGCCAUGCUCAAAGCUCUGCUGGGCUCCAAACAUACUGUCAAUCUGGACCUGAGGGCCAACCUGAAGCAGGUCAAGAAGGAGGUGAAAGAGGAGCCUGCAGAAGCGGUCGGCGACUGGCGUAAGAACAUUGAGGACAAGGCAGACAGGAAGAAGAUGUUCGAGACUUCCUAAAGAAAUAACUUACUCUGGGCUUGUAGCACUUUUUAUUUGGAUUUCAUGGAUGUGAAAAAUCCCUUUUGUUUAAUUAAAUCUGUAGGUUUCAUCUUGGUCUGAUUGUACAUUUGUUAGUGAGUGGUAAUAGUGGAAAUAUACCCUUUAAUCUUUAGUUUCCUCCAAUAUUAUAAUAUAUAUAAUAGUGAUUUUUUUUGUUGUUGUUUGUUUUGCUGAUGCUCACCUUUAACAACUUCCUCCUCUUAGCGUUUUUGUAAUAAACACGUUUUGUUUCCCAA